AUGAAGUACCUUGUAGCUGCGGCCUUGUUGGCCUCGACGGUCAGCGCUCACGGUGGUGUUACAUCCUAUAAUAUUGGUGGAACAACAUACCCAGGCUGGCAACCAUACCAAUCCCCCAGUGGUCAAUCAACUAUCGAAAGACAAUACUCAUCCUAUGAUCCCCUUUUCAUCGCAGACUUGGGUAAAAUCAAUAUCCUCUGUAACAAUGCUGGAGUUACUGGCACUGGAAAGACAGCUACAGUCGCUGCUGGUUCAGAUAUUACAGCUUAUUGGUCGCAAUGGACACACGCUGAAGGUUGUAUUAUGGUCUACAUGGCCAAAUGCCCUUCGAGUGGAUGCAACGGCUGGACCGGUACUGGAACUUCUUGGUUCAAAAUCAACCAAGUCGGUCUCAUUAGCGGUACCAUGGGCGCAGGUAAAUGGGGUUCAGGUCAAGUCCAGGAUACCUUGAAGUGGACUGUCAAGAUUCCAGCAUCCCUCCCCUCGGGAGAAUACCUUAUCCGUCAUGAACUUCUCGCUCUCCACCAAGCCAACAACCCACAAUUCUACCCCGAAUGUGCUCAGUUGACUGUCACUGGAGGUGGAAGUGGAACUCCAGGGCCUUUGGUUGACUUGCAAAAGACAUACAGCGGAAGCGAUCCCGAUGUUAAUGUCGAUAUCUAUAUUGCCUCUAAGGAUAAAACAUCUUACACCUGUCCCGGUCCAGCUGUCUGGAAUGGAUCCGGUGGAACUAACCCUACCACCACCGCUGCCACAACUGCUGCAACAACCCGAGCUACCACCGCUGCCACCACUCGAGCCACUACCCCAGCCACGACACCUAAUGUCCCAACUACUACCCCAUCGGGUAAUAGCUGCACCGUCUCCGCCUGGGGACAAUGUGGUGGUAACGGAUGGACUGGCUGCACCGUCUGUGCAUCCGGAACUACUUGUAAGGUUCUCAACGCCUACUACUCUCAAUGCUCCUAA